AUAAAAGCUUAGGAUACUAUCUUGUGAUUAGCCAGAAACUCUUUGAUCACUCUUUCGUCUUGAACUUCAUCGCGUCGAAAAGAAAAAUCGAACAUGAAGACAAUCGUUAUCGUGCUUGCCAUUUCUUUCGUCGCCGUCUUGGGUGAAAUCACAGACGAACAAAAGGCGAAAUUGAGAGAGUAUAAAGAAUCCUGUAUUACUGAAACUGGUGUCGAUUCAGAUAUUCGAAUUUCAGCCGUAGUGGAAAAUGCAAAAAAAGGAGAAAUAGUUGAGGAUGAGAAGCUUGACUGUUUCGCUACCUGUUUGUUGAAGAAAAUUGGAAUUAUGAAAGAGGAUGAAGAUAUUGAUUGGGAUGUAGCUCGUGGCAAAAUACCAGCAGGUGUACCGCAAGAACAAAUCGAUCAAUUAUACAAUGCAUGCAAAGACAUUGCUGGAACUGGUUGCACAAAGGGAGCUAAUGUGUUUAAAUGUCUCAUGGAAAACAAGCAUUUUCAUAUUUUGCAUUAAGCAAACGCAAUCGAAAAUCUCUGCAUGAAAAUAAUUCGAAUUAGACCUAUUAAAUAGAUCUAUCGGUUGUCUACUUUAGAUGAAGUUAUAAAAUAUUAUCUUGCACAUUUAUACGUCAGUAUAAAGUUGUAUUGAUGAAAAAAAUAAAUAUACAUGUCGCUUUAGCAUAAAAAA